AUGAGGUUAUAUUUACUAAACAUGAUGCUUGACAUUUGGUCUAUGGUGUUUAAAGCCCUAAAAGAAGAUAAACGUCUCAGAUAAUAAUAAAAUCCAUUAAAAUGUGUUAUCAGUAAGUGAGACAGUUUCGAUAUUAUCCAACCGAUUUAAAAAUAAAGAGAAAAUGAUGAGAAAUCUCUUCAAUCUUCUGGGUACGUUCUUUCGGUUGGGCCCCCGGGAGUUCACGCGGCAGUACCUGAAAUUGCCGCUGAUCAAGUUCAUUCAUGACACCGUCACGCUGUACAAGACACGCACCAGAUCUGGGGUAAAUAACAUCAAAGAAAUCGCCAUCAGGGGCACCAUAGUGGCCCUAAUCACCUCGAUUCUGGUGUGGCUCUCUAUACUCAUGUAUAUGGCGUUUUAUUACGUUUACGUCCCGAUUUUGAAGCACGAGAGGCCCGUACAUUUGAAAUUUACGCCUUGUGUGGCCACUUACGACUGCCAAGUGGAAAAGGGUAUGUGUAGCUUUCCAUCAGCGCAUGUGCAGCUAACAAAAAAGCAGCAGCUGCUCAUGCUGGAUCAGCCCUAUAAGGUUUAUCUUGACUUAGAAAUGCCUGAGUCUCCUGCAAAUAAAGAAUUGGGGAUGUUUAUGGUGUGUGUAGAGUUUAGGGGCAGCGACGGUAAGACAGUGGCGAACUCUUGUAGGUCAGCCAUGCUGCACUACAAGAGCAACUUUCUGGACACAAUAUAUAAAGUGGUUUUUAUACCAUUUUUUAUAUUUGGGUCAGCGGAAGAAAAGCAAGUUGUUCAUGUAGAGCUUUUUUCUGAUUAUAAAGAGUCGGAGUAUAAAGCUGUUACUGAUAUUUACGUGGAGGUGCAGACAAGGCACAUUGAAAUUUAUUCAGCGAAAUUUUCUGUUAACGCCAGGUUUUCUGGGCUUAGAUAUAUAAUGUUUAAUUGGCCCAUACUUUCCGCUGCUUUAGGUAUAACAGCCAACUUGUUUUUCAUAGCGCUCUCUUGCCUCAUCAGCUGGUACCAAAUAAUAAACUCCGAGGAGUAUUUGAGGUACCUGGGGGAGAACAGAAUUGAGGUUAUUGAAGACGAGUCUGAUUGUUCAUAUACGGGUGAGGAUGAGGAUAUGGUUGUGAGGCCCCGGAGGACGAGGCGUUUUAGGGAUAGCGACGUGGACAUCGCUAAUGCCCUCGAUGGCUUUUAAAGACUUCUGAUACUCGUUUUGUUGUAAAGUAGAUUUAAGUGUUAAUAUAUUUUCACCUGUUUUUUUACCCUUA